CCUCUUCUCCCGCCUAUUAUUUCUCCUCGCCGGCCACCAUCACCAGCUAGCCACCACCACGCCCUCUUCCGAUCCUCUCAUGCGGCUCCGCGCGCGCAUGGCGUAGCACCGCCGCCCCGUCCCGUCCGCUUCGAUCCACCAGUCACCACCGCUCCGACGACCGACGACGACGCCGGCACUGACAAGAAGCAGGAGGACGACCAUGGCCUGGGUGGCGGCCAUGCAGCUGCUGCUCCUCUCGUCUGCCGCGGCCGCCGCCCGCGCCAGCGUCACCUUCGUCGUCGGCAUAGACGACAGCAGCAGCAUGUCGUCCCCGCGGGUGUCGCUGGCGGAGGCCGCCACCGGAGACUACGACGACGCCUCCGGGGGGGACAAGGGCGCCCAGCUCAUCGCGGGGAGCCCCAUCGUGGCGGGGGCCAUGAACAACCGCCUCAAGGCGCUCACGUCAUCAUUCGCCAGGAGCAUCGGCAAGCAGCUCGACUACUGCAUCAAGGACACGGAGACGGAGUGGAAUAAGGCCUUCGAUUUCUCCAAGGACACCACCUUCCUAACAAAUUGCAUGAAGGAGACCAAGGGGGACCUUCAGCAGCGCAUCUGCACGGCGGCUGAGAUGAGGUUCUACUUCGAGAGCUUGCUGGAGAGCGGCGACAACGGGGAGACCAACUACGUGAGGCCCAACCUCAACUGCAACUUCUCGUCGUGGAUCGACGGGUGCGAGCCCGGGUGGGCGUGCAGGGCCGGGGACGACCAGAAGAUCGACCUCCAGAACGCAAAGGACAUCCCCUACAGGGCCCUCAAGUGCCAGUCCUGCUGCCCGGGAUUCUUUUGCCCACAUGGCCUAACCUGCAUGAUCCCUUGCCCUCUGGGUGCCUACUGUCCAAGGUCCGACCUCAACGUUUCUACAGGCAUCUGUGACCCAUACAACUAUCAGCCGCCUCCUGGGAACCCCAAUCAUACCUGCGGUGCCGCUGACAUUUGGGCAGAUGUGGUCACAACCGAUGAUAUCUUCUGCCCACCUGGAUUCUACUGCCCCAGCACCAUACAGAAACUCCCUUGUAGUAGUGGGUACUAUUGCAGGAAGGGGUCAACCUCACAGACAAGAUGCUACAAGAAGAGCUCUUGCCCGCCCAACUCUGCCACCCAGGACAUCACUAUAUUUGGCGCGCUGCUUGUGGUUGCUUCCUGUUUAGUCCUCCUGAUCAUCUACAACUUCUCCGGUCAAAUCCUGACCAACCGUGAGAAGAGGCAAGCCAAAUCCCGAGAGGCCGCUGCGAGGCACGCCAGAGAGACCGCACAAGCUCGAGAGAGAUGGAAAUCGGCCAAAGAUGUCGCCAAGAAGGCGGGCGUCGGCUUGCAGUCGCAACUCUCCCGCACCUUCUCGCGCAACAAGCAGCACAAGUCCGGCCAGGCACAGUCGUCGUCGUCAGGACCCUCCAAGGUGGGGGACGCCGGCGGAAAGAAGAGCAACCUCACCGACAUGGUGCGCUCGCUCGAGGACAACCCGGACAGCGACGAAGGAUUCAACGUGGAGGUGGGGGACAAGGCUCUGAAGAAGCCCACGGGGAAGCAGAUGCACACGCGGAGCCAGAUCUUCAAGUACGCCUACGGCCAGAUCGAGAAGGAGAAGGCGAUGCAGCAGGAGAACCACAACAUGACCUUCUCGGGGGUGAUAUCCAUGGCCAAGGGCCACGACGUCAGCGCCAGACCAGCCAUCGAGAUCGCCUUCAAGGACCUCACUCUCUCGCUCAAGGGCAGCAAGAAGAAGCUCCUGUGGUCCGUGUCGGGAAGGCUCUCGCCUGGCCGCGUAGCUGCCGUCAUGGGCCCGUCCGGUGCAGGGAAAACAACGUUCCUGAGCGCCAUUGCCGGGAAGGCAACCGGGUGCGAGACAUCGGGGUUCGUGCUUAUAAAUGGUAAAAUUGAACCCAUCCGUGGCUACAAGAAGAUCAUCGGCUUUGUUCCCCAAGAUGACAUCGUCCACGGGAACCUAACCGUCGAAGAAAACCUCUGGUUCAACGCAAGAUGCAGGCUGUCAGCAGACAUGUCCAAGGCUGACAAGGUCCUCGUCGUGGAGAGGGUGAUCGAGUCCCUGGGGUUGCAGGCCAUUCGGGAUUCUCUGGUUGGGACAGUGGAGCAGCGCGGCAUCUCCGGCGGGCAGCGCAAGCGAGUCAAUGUCGGCCUGGAGAUGGUGAUGGAGCCCUCGGUGCUGAUCUUGGACGAGCCGACGUCUGGUCUGGACAGCGCCUCCUCCCUGCUUCUGCUCCGAGCACUUCGCCGCGAAGCUCUUGAAGGUGUCAACAUCUCCAUGGUUGUUCAUCAGCCCAGUUACACGCUGUACAGAAUGUUUGAUGAUCUGAUACUUCUGGCCAAAGGGGGCAUGACGGUGUACCACGGGCCAGUGAAGAAGGUGGAGGAGUACUUCGCAGGGCUGGGCAUCGUUGUCCCGGAGCGCGUGAACCCGCCGGACUACUACAUCGACAUCCUGGAGGGCAUUGCGAAGCCCAACCUGAACCCAGGCGUGAGCGUCAAGGACCUGCCCAUCAGAUGGAUGGUGCACAACGGCUACGAUGUUCCACGGGACAUGCUGCAGAGCAAUUCAGAUUCAGAAUCGUCAUCCAGAGGGAGCACCGGGCACGCUUCGAGCCACGACGAUGCUGGGCCAUCCAUUGUUUCAGUGCUCCUGGGCAAUGUCAAAGAUAUCCUAGUGCAGAAGAAGGAUGAGUAUGAUUACAACAAGACUUGCCAGGACCUGUCCAACCGCAAUACUCCUGGCAUUCUAAGGCAGUACAGGUACUUCCUGGGAAGGUGCGGGAAGCAGAGGCUCCGGGAAGCGAGGAUACAAGGAGUGGACUACUUGAUACUGUGUCUUGCCGGGAUAUGCCUGGGAACACUGGCCAAAGUGAGCGACGAGACGUUUGGAGCGCUGGGAUACACGUACACUGUCAUCGCAGUCUCCCUGCUGUGCAAGAUUGGAGCCCUGCGGUCCUUCACCCUUGACAAGAUCAACUACUGGAGGGAGCGAGCAGCCGGGAUGAGCUCCCUGGCCUACUUCAUGUCCAAGGACACCAUAGACCACUUCAACACCGUCGUCAAGCCCAUCGUCUACCUCUCCAUGUUCUACUUCUUCAACAACCCCAGGUCCUCCAUCUGGGAGAACUACGUCGUCCUCCUCGCGCUCGUCUACUGCGUCACCGGCAUGGGCUACACCUUCGCCAUCUUCUUCCAGCCAAGCUCGGCGCAGCUGUGGUCUGCACUGCUCCCAGUUGUCUUGACCCUGAUAGCAACGCAGCAGAAGAACACCAUCUUCGCCGAUUUGUGCUACACAAAGUGGGCUCUGGAAGCGUUUGUCAUUGCAAAUGCUCAGAACUAUUCCGGGGUGUGGCUAAUAACACGGUGUGGCUCGCUGGUCAGGAGCGGCUACAACAUCGAGCACGAGAUCCUCUGUAUAGGCGUCCUCAUUGCUAACGGGAUAGUCUUCCGCUGCGUAGCAUUCUUCUUGUUGGUCACCUUCCAGAAGCACUAACAAUGCAAGGCAAGGAUUCAUUUCAUUAAUUCCAGCAGUGUGAUACUAAUAGGAUUGUAGAUUAGAUAUGAGUCCCUCUUGUUGGUACAUACAGUCCCAGGUUAAUCUAGAUGAGGAGAUCCAGACUAGCUGCAACCUCACUUGUUCACCUCCAAUGUACAUUUGAUAUGCAAAUUCAGUGCAAGUACGGCGGAUAACUAGGAAACUAUAACAUCUUGCGUUGCCGUGCCAGCUUGGGCUGCCACAGUGGAGAACAUUUAUUGGCAAUAUGGGUGUAUAUUCUUUGCAUGAUGGAUGGAAAUACAGAUUCCCCAUCAAAUUCAAGACGAGCUCUUGCGCUCCAUAAUAUCCAAUGGGGUUUCUCCUCUAUAAGAGGUCAGAAAAGUAAUGUGCUGGAGACAUUUCCAUUACCAUGUGGCUACGGCAAGUUA